CUGGGCAGAAGAGGCUCCGAGGCUCUAUGUUUGGGGAACUUGAAGCUGUGCAUGAAUAUGUGUUGAUGUGCUGGAUGUGGGAGACCGUGUGACAGGCUGCUGUUACUGCCACACCGCCUGCCCAUGCGCCCCGAGCACAGUGGAGUGAACCCAAGAACAUGUCCUGUCAUUUUGGGUUUCUGAUACAGUCCUAUGACAGAAAAUACUGUGAGAAGAACCCACGUCAUCCUGGACUACUCUAAGAUGCCUCUGCAGCCACAGUGAGGGGGACGGACGGCUGACGAUGCACCAGUUGUUUAGCCUGGUGCUGGGCCAGAGGGACCUGUCCAGAGCAGGGGACCUCUUCUCUUUGGAGGACGGAGACAUCGAGGAUUGUCUGUCUCAAGCUCUGGACCAGAUCAAAGCCAUCUCCUGCUCUGCUGAUUAUUUGACCAGCGACAAUGACCAGGCCGUGGUAGAGAUCUGCAUCACCCGCAUCACCACGGCGAUAAGGGAGACGGGCUCCAUAGAGAGACACAGCACUGCUCUGGUGGCCCUGUGGGAGUCCUGCCUGGAACAUAAGCUCACUCCACAAGGGGAAGGCACAGAGGACACGCCCCACGCCAAGAUCGCCUCGGACAUCACCAGCUGUAUCCUGCAGAACUACAGCUGCCCCUCAGUGAUGGCUUUAGCUGUCCCAGUCGCAGUGCGCUUCCUGCAGAGAGGGAACAAGGAGCUGAGCCGGAACAUGUCCAGUUACCUCUCUCUAGCGGCCAUCGCCAAAGCUGAGCUACUGUCUGACCAUGCAGAGGUCAUCACCCUCAGUGUGCUGGGAGGUAACCACAUGCUACUGCGAGUCCUGCCUUCGAUUUACCCCAGACAACCAGAUGUCCUGCACCAUCACCUGGGGAACCUGACGGCCAUGAUGCCAAGGUUGGAACCACCGGAGCAGCAGCAUCUGCUCAGGCUCAUUCAAAUGGUGGCAGAGCAGCACCCACUAAUGCUGAGCCCCCAUGUCCCUGCUCUGGUCAGUUUCCUCCCGGACCAGUCUCUAGCAGAGGCUCUAUUGGGAACACUGGUGGAUGUUUCUCAGGCCAGUCCCUCCUCGCUGGUCAGCUUUCUGCCCACACUAAGGGUCAUGGCUCAUCAGUGCCCAGCUUUUUUAGGGCACAUCUCCAAAAUCUAUGGUGCUGUGGGCAUUAUCAGCGAGUCCCAGGCCCACAGCUCAUUGGUCUUCCUGGUGUCCCUCCUGGGGAGUCUGGAGCACAGUUUUCAUCACACUGUCCUGCAGGAGAUCAGAGCUUUGAGUGACCGUUACCCCCUGCUGCUUGGAGGCUGCGGCAAAGACAUCUACAGGAUGAGCAACUCCUUCAAUGCUAUGGCCCGACUGCUGGGGAAGAGGCUGGAGGAUAGCACUACCUUAACCUGCAGGCUGAACAAAGAAGGCCAGUUGUUUCCUCGUGGCUCGUCUCCAGGACCGGGGCAGCGGCUGGAGAUGGAUGUCCAUGGCUUUGGUGUUAAACUGGGGUCAGAGGUCACAGAGGGGGGAGACACGCCGGGGCCCCAGCGACGCUACAGCCUGAGCCAAGCGCUACGUGAGGAACGCCGUGAGAUGAGAUUUAACAGAUCAAAGAGCCUUGCCCUCCAUGUUGUGCGCUCCCGCUCCAUAAGCUCCGACACCGGAGAGGACGGCACUGACCCGGAGCUGCACCUGGACACUGUUUGUUUGUUAAGUUCAGACUCCGGAGCAGAAGCAGCUUUGAGCUCUGAGAACACAGCCACAGCCCAUAACCAGGAGUCCCUAGAGUCUCCACAGUCUCCACAACCUCCACAGUCUCCAGAGGUAACUGAGGUAACCGAGGCAACAGGCAGAGACACGGGUGAGGCUGUGACAGGACCAAGCACAGAGGCUCCAAAAGAUGAGCCGGAGAAAGACAGACUCUUCGUUCACCUAAGAGACAACAUGGAUGUCAUCACAGAGUUCUGUGAAGACACCAUGAAGAAGAUCCCCAUCCCAGAAGAGUGCAUCAUUGAAGAUUCAAAUCGAGGGUGCGUAGCCAAGUUGUCGUUCUCCUGCCCUCUGAAAGGUCACUACUGCCUGUACGCAAAGUCCUGCUUCAGCCUGACCAGCCGCCAGCCUCACCAGUGGAUACACCUCAUGCUGCUGAAUCUACAGAGCAUUUCGAGUGUUCCGCUGUGCUCCAAACAUGAGUGUGUCCAGAGACUCGCGGCUCUUUGGGAGAAGACCAAACUGAAAGGAGCUCACAGCUUCACCCUGGCCAUGACACAACACAGCACUCUGCACAGAAAGGACUUGGACAGUCUCCAAACCCAGCUGGAGGAGGUGCGGUUCUUUGACCUCUUUGGCUUCAGUGAAGAGCACCGGGGCUGGCUGUGCUUCAUGUGUAACAACCCGGAAAAAGCCACGGUUGUGAACCAGGAUGGACAGCCCCUGAUAGAAGGAAAACUAAAGGAGAAGCAGAUCAGAUGGAGAUUUAUCAAGCGAUGGAAGACACGCUAUUUCACUUUGGCCGGGAACCAACUGCUCUUCCGCAAGGGCAGCAAAUCGAAAGAUGAGAUGGAUGACAUUCCCAUUGAGUUGAGCAAGGUCCAGAGUGUUAAGGUGGUGGCGAGGAAGCGUCGCGACAGAGGGCUCCCGCGGGCGUUCGAGAUCUUCACAGACAGCAAGACGUACGUGCUCAAAGCUCAAGACGAGAAGCACGCCGACGAGUGGCUGCAGUGCAUCAAUGUGGCCGUGGCCCAGGCCCGAGAGCGCGAGAACCGCGAGGCCACCACGUACCUCUGAGCUCACGGGACCUGCGAAACCUGACGGAGCACUAUGAGCACUAUCGCCUUGGCAGCAAGACAAGUGAGCCAGCAAUAACAGAGCAGGAUCCACGCACAGGGUCACGAGUAGGGCUGCACUGCUUUCUCUAACUUCUCUGGUCUAAUCAUCCUCGUGGGGAUACAUAAUUUGCCUGGAAUGUUCCACAGUAGGGCAUUGAACUUAUCGGUCUUGCAUUUAUUCAAGUACAGGUGUUUUAUUGCUUAAAAAUACAUUGAAAACCUAUAGUCUCACAGGGAGUGGGCUGCCUCUACACAGGUCUGACCUGUUACUUGACCUGGUGGAGUCACACGCUUGUCUCCAUGGAGACUGAUAAAUUUAACACCAUAAUCUGGAACAUUCUAAGCAACGCAAUAACAUCUUAAUAACUAUUCACAGCGCCACUUGAAUAAACAGAUGCAGUUUUGAUUUAGUUUCUUACUGUGGAUGUUGAAUUAGUGGAACAAUCAUUUAGUGAUAUUUUAUGCAGCGCUGGUCACGACAACUGUCAACAAGUUGCACAAUAAGAAAAUGACGAAAGACACAUUUGCGAGGUGCACAAUGGAAGCUUUUACACAACGACCAAACAGCCUCCCCACCACCACCACCAGCUCCACCAGCUCCACCGGCUCCAGCACCACCACCAGCUCCGUGGCGGUGGAAAGACGGUGCUGUGCUUUAAUGACGCGUGAUGAUGAAGCAAUAGAGACAGUGGAGCCGACCUCGCAGCAAUAACAAGAGCCCUGUUUCCUCGGCGCAGGAAGGAUGGACGUGUAAUGGGCUGCAGAUGUCCCGCGCAACCACCCCAUACCAGCGCUGGCACUACCGCGCGCUCCAGUGUAAACAACAUGAAAACAAAUGAGCAAAUCUCCGCCGACAAAAUGUUGGACUUCCAUGACUCAUAAAUUGAAGCCCACCGGAGUGCACUGUCCCGGCCCUCCUCUCACAUUUCCCUUCUUUUGCAAUCUUAACUACUCCA